CUGUAUCAAUAUCACUGAGACACACUACACCUUCACUCCUGACUACCUCAGUCCUUGUCAUGUGUACAACUUCUCUGUCAUCCCUCUGAAUGGAGCUGGCCAGGGAGAGAGGAGUCCCAACAUUACUAUUACCAUGGAAAGCCUACUUUCAUCAGAAGUCAUAUCAAAGCUGUUUGUGAUGAUGUUGCAGUUACUUAUGAACACAACGAGAUGGUAGAUGAGUACAUUCUUCAUGGAGUGUCUGAUAUGGACCUAAAAAAUAUUCUUUGUCCUCCAACCAUCGAGUUUCAACAUACACACUCUCUGCAAACAAAAACUUUAGCAUAUUCUUUGAAGUAUUUACAGCUGCUGGACCUGUGAAUGUAUCUCAUGAUACCUUCACAACCUAUGAUGUCCAGAGUCUGUCAGUGGAAGAGGAAGAGGAGGGAGUGUUAGUGAGAGGGGAGUUCACGAGUGGGUCACGAGCUGCAGGAUGUCUGGUGGUCCUCCAGGGACCUCCCUCCUCUCCUGACAUAUUCAGAGCUCUCCUGAGGACCCAGUCUCAGGACACUGUCUCCACCACUGUACCUGUCCCUCCCUCCACUUACACUGUGUAUGGAUAUGACCUUGAGGAGAAUGGACUACCCAACACCAUGCCUGCUAUCCUUCUAGAGAACCAGAUAUUGCUAAACUCAGAUGCUGACAAAGUUAAACCUUCCCUCUAUUUGAAGAGUGCCAGCAUAUCCCAAAGAGGAUCAACUGUAGUGAUAGACUGUGAAUUCUCAGAGGUCUAUCCCGAGGCCUCAUGUGUCCUGGUCUACAGAGAGUAUGGCAGUCCUCUCCUGACAGUGGUGGACAUUCCCCAACUCUUUGAUUUCCCUGUCUCUAUCACUGUGGACAACCCUGAGAACUAUACCUUUGCACUGUUUGGGAAGAAUGGUGCAACUGAGUUUGGAUGAAGAGCCACUGGUGUAUACUAAAUUCAGUGACUCUGCUACAGAUGAAACAGACAGAGGGAAAGAAGAAGGAAAGGGCAAUUCCCAAGGACCAGUUGUUGCCAUAUCCAUUGGCACAGUAGUGGUGUGUGUUCUAGUAUGUGGCUCAGCAGUGUUGGUCCUGGUGAUGGUCAGACGGUAUUAUAACCGCAGCAAGUCCACACAUGCAUCUGAUGCAGCAGGUCUCCAGACCAGAAAUGUGUGGUCUAUGAUGAGGUGGUUCUUCCCCCAACCACCACCCCAUCCUCUGUCAUUCCAACUGAACCCAACACAGCCUAUGUCACCACCACAAUACCCACUGACCAGAAUGUGGCCUAUGCUGUGCGUUCGUCCAAUACAUAAUUACGUCACGACAUGUGACUUAUUCAUCAAAUACAAUGUCAUUGCAAUUAUUAGAUGCUGUGAUAACAGGUAUUCACAGUGCUGAGUAAGCAGUGUCACAUGACAGCUCACUAAUGAAGCGCAAUAACAUGUUUGCAUUGGGAGCAUGUGUUUCGGCAAGCGCACGCACAAUGCACAACAUGUGGGAAAAUGU